AAAAAGAAUCGGAACCAUCGCACGCGUUUACCCGUUUCCACACGGAACUAUUAUUGUGGGUGACGCAUUAACGCUGCGCUAUCAUCACUGCAUGCGAAUUAUGAUCAAUCUCAAACUUUCCGACAGUCAUCGAUUAUUGGAUAUUUACAGGGUUUCGUAUAUUGUUUAGAUGAUGAAUUUCUUCCGCAACCGUCUGGUGGUUUUGGGGCUGGUGUUGCUGGCCACCGUGCUGCUGUAUCUGCUGCUGCCCUCCAUGCGGCAGGGGAGCAUGGAACCGUCUCUGGAGGUGCAGCAGCGGAGGGGUCUGGCCGCCUCUCCUCCUCCGCCGCCGCCAAACAGCAUCAACAUCACGGUCAGGACCGGACAGCUGCCCGGAGACCCGCCGCUCUUCUUCAGAGAGGCUCUGCCUGUGGACAGCGCCGGGCUACAGAUUGUGCCCAGGCUGCAGAUGGUGCUUCUUCAUGGUCAGGCCUUCACCUCUAAGACUUGGGAGGAGUUGGGCACCCUCAGCCUGCUGGCGUCCAAUGGGUACCAGGCCCUCGCUCUCGACCUGCCCGGUUUUGGGAAUUCUCCGGACUCAGAGUCUGUAAAGUCGGAUCAGAGCCGCGUGGACCUGCUAAAGCGUUUUCUGGAAUCUCUGGGCGUGCGAGCACCGGUGUUACUGAGCCCGUCUAUGAGCGGCCAUUACGCCUUGCCAUUCCUCCAGAAACACAGCGCCCAGCUGCAUGGCUUUGUGCCCAUCGCCCCCGUGGGCACCCGCGGCAUCACCCCACAGCAGUACCGCGACAUCCAGACUCCUACACUGAUCAUAUAUGGAGAGUUAGACACCAACCUGGGCGCCCAAUCUCAUAAGAACCUGAUUCAGCUGCCUCAUCACACCGUGGUGAAGCUGGCAGGAGCGCGGCACGCCUGUUACAUGGACAAACCCCGCGAGUUCCACCGCACUCUGCUCGACUUCCUCAGCAAACUCGAAUGAGGGAUGGAGAGAGUGAGAACAGGUCAAACAAACACGUGAAAAAGACUUUGGAAGAGACUGGUUGAAGAAAAAGACCGAUGCGAGACAAGAAAAUGAUGAACAGGACUGCGGUGUAGCUGUAAAACCAGUCCUGAAACGUAACACAACACCUGAACGUUCUAUCAGCCAUCCACAUCUGCUCACUCCUUAUAAUUUCCCUGCGUGCACCAUCAAGAGAUUAGAUAUUAUAAUAUAUCAAAUAAACAAAACUUCUGCAGAA